AUGGAGAAGGUCUACAUCCAGGGGAUUGGGAUGGGCCCCUCACCUUGCUCCCUGAGCCCCUCACCCUGCUGCCUAAGCCCCUCACCCUGCUCCCUGGGCCCCUCACCUUGCUCCCCUCACCCCUCACCCCUCACCCCUCACCCUGCUCCCCUCACCCUGCUCCCUGAGCCCCUCACCUUGCUCACUGAGCCCCUCGACCUGCUCCCUGAGCCCCUCGACCUGCUCCCUGAGCCCCUCACCCUGCUCCCUGAGCCCCUCACCUUGCUCCCUGAGCCCAUCACCCUGCUCCCUGAGCCCCUCACCCUGCUCCCUGAGCCCCUCACCCUGCUCCCUGAGCCCCUCACCUUGCUCCCUGCCCUAACCCUACUCCCUGAGCCCCUCACCCUUCUCUCUGAGCCCCUCACCUUGCUCCCUGAUCCCCUCACCCUGCUGCCUGAGCCCCUCACCCUGCUCCCCUCACCCUGUUCCCUGAGCCCCUCACCCUGCUCUCUGAGCCCCUCACCCUGCUCCCCUCACCCCUCACCCUGCUCCCCUCAACCCUCACCUUGCUCCCUGAGCCACACAACUUGCUCCCUGAGCCCCUCACCUUGCUCCCUGAGCCCCUCACCCUGCUCCCUGCUCCCUGAGCUCCUCACCCUGCUUCCUGCUCCCUGA